AUGUCGUCCUUGCCCUUGGCCCAGCCAGUCCCCAAGGGUACGCGGUGUCUGCCCCAUGCCAGUGCAGUGUCUCGGGACGGGGGUUGGAAAUCAGUUCGAGAGCAGCUAGCCCGGAGACGGGGUUCCACUGCAGGCCUCGCCUUCCCGGAGGCCUCUACCCCAGCCUCCCCUGCGUGCGAGGCUGAACGGAAGCCUGUGCAGAGCUGCAGGCUGCUGGCGGCCCCGGCGGCUCCGGGGGCGGAGGUGGACGGUGGCCCCGCCUUCUCCCUGCGCCCUCGGUGCGUGCUGACGGAGCCCGCGGCCGAGGAAGAGGAGGUGAGAGCGGCGGCGCCGCCCGACCCGCAGAGUUUCCCGACUCCUUGGCUCACCCUGGCUGCAUCUGAGAUAUUUUACUUCUUAGUUUGCCACCUCUGUGGGAGAAGCAGUUCUCUGCCUUUGUCAUCAUCUUGGUGUGGCUCUGCUGUUUCCCAGUGUCCUGGACAUCAGGAGCCCCCAGAGGAGGAAGGCAGAGAUCUUCAGGACAACCUGCCUCCUGCUCACAGACCUGCAUAUGUACACCAUGCAGGAAUGAUCUACAUAUUGAUAAACUUCUUAUUUUAUCUGUUCUUUGCAAAAACAUAA